UCCUGGAGAGGGACCCUUUGAAACGCAUCUCCUUCGAGCGCUUCUUUGCCCACCCUUUCGUGGAUAUGGAGCACAUCCCUGGCCCCGAGAGCCUCUGCAGGGCGGUGAGCAGGGUGCUGGGGGUGCAGAUCCCUGGGGACGCUCGCCGGAAAGAAGCCAUCCGUGCCAAGGUGGGACAGUACAUCUCCCGAGCGGAGGAGCUGAAGGCAUUGGUCACCUCCAGCAGCAAGAACCUCCUGCAGCAAGGGAACCCGGCCAGAGCGCUCCUUAAAGAGAUGGCCAAGGACAAGCCUCGGCUCUGCGCUGCACUGGAAGUGGCUUCUGCUGCCAUCGCUAAGGAAGAGGAAGGCAAAGACGACGGUGACACCCUGGAGCUCUACCAGCAGAGCCUGGGAGAGCUGCUGCUCCUCCUGGCCGCGGAGCCUGCGGGGAGGCGACGGGAGCUGCUCCAUGCAGAGAUCCAGACCCUGAUGGCCCGAGCUGAAUACCUGAAAGAUCAGCUGAAGAUGCGGGAGGCACAGUCCCUGGGCAAGGAGGCGCUGGCGGAGCCUGUCCGGAGCAGGCUGGCAAGGCGCUGCCCAAAUGUCACUGGGCAGGCUGGAGGGAAGGAGGCACGAAGCGAGCAGUCCCCGCGCCGGCAGUGGCCUCUGUCGCUCGGCAUGGCUCCGGACGCCUUCUCCCAUCGGUGUCACGGCAAAGCCUGGGGGGGACGCGUGCUGAAGCCGUCCUGCCUCUUCCUGCCAUCCAGCCCUUGCAAGGGGUUCUUCCGACCUGGAACCACCUGA